AUGAUCACAACGUCAGUCGAUGGGCAUUUAAAAUUUUGGAAAAAAAAUGAACGAGGAAUAGAAUUUGUUAAACACUUUCGAUCACAUCUUGGAAACAUAACGGGCAUCAGUGUAUCCGCAGAUGGACUAUUACUUGCUACUGUAGCCAUAGACAAAGCAUUGAAAGUAUAUGAUGUAGUAAAUUUCGGUGAUUCCACACCAUUACAUAUACUUCCAGAUAUACAUUCCAGUCCUGUUCAUUUAAUGGCAGCUUACCAUUGUGUUGUGUCAGCAGAUUCAUCGGGUAUGGUAGAAUAUUGGUCACCUGAUGAACCUUUUGAAUUACCAAAAACAGUUUCAUUUGAAUAUAAAUCUGAUACAGACCUUUAUGAAUUUAAGAAGUCCAAAUCUGUUCCAACAUCAUUGACAUUUUCACCAGAUUAUAAACAAUUUGUUACCAUGAGUAUUGAUGAUCGUCAAGUACGCGUUUUUAGGGUUUCAACUGGAAAGAUGACCAGAAAAUAUGAUGAAUCUUUAACAGUUAUGGGAGAAAUGCAACAGGCGGGUACAACUAUUUACAAGUUAGACGAUAUGGAAUUCGGUCGUCGUCUGGCUGUCGAACGUGAAUUGGAAAAGACACAACAAGCUAAUACCAUGAAUGCAGUAUUCGAUGAGAGUGGAAAUUUCAUAAUUUAUCCUACUAUGUUGGGUAUUAAAGGUGGCGAGGUUAAUUGGAAAGACGGAACCUCAUCGUUUUUUAAAUAUGUCAUUAUAUCAAGGAGCACCGAAGAAAAAAAUGAUUGUAACAUUGGUAAAUACAUAGAUGAUUUAAUUAUUGCAAUGGCAGCAUCAGAUAAUCCUUUGAUGAAAGAAAGUGAAGCUACAGAUCCAACUAUAUUUUGUACAGCAUUUAAGAGAAAUCGAUUUUUCAUGUUUACACAGCGGGAACCUGACGCACAUGAUUCACACAAAGGAGAUCGAGAUGUAUAUAAUGAAAAACCUUCACGCGAGGAACAAACAGUUGCCUCAGCCACACCAACCAAACAGAAAUUAGGAAAUACGGCAAUUUUACGUACAACAUCAGGAGAUAUUCAUAUAAGAUUGUUUCCUGAAUAUGCACCAAAAGCAGUUGAAAAUUUUGUAACACACGCAAAGAAUGGAUAUUAUAAUAAUGUGAUAUUUCAUCGAGUUAUAAAAGGUUUCAUGAUUCAAACAGGAGAUCCACUUGGAGAUGGUACGGGAGGAGAAUCAGCCUGGGGGUCAGAAUUUGAGGAUGAAUUUCAUAGAGAUCUUCGUCAUGAUAGACCAUACACAGUAAGUAUGGCUAACGCGGGACCUAACACUAAUGGAUCACAAUUCUUUAUCACGGUUGUUCAAACGCCAUGGCUUGAUAACAAACACACGAUAUUUGGAAGAGCAACAGCAGGAAUGGAUGUGAUUCAUACAAUAGAAAACGCCAAGACUGAUAAAUUAGAUAAACCAUUCGAAGAUAUAAAGAUCCUUAAUAUAGAAGUUCGAUAA